AGCAGCUCCGGCUCCUCCUCGCGCCCGCCCGCCCUCCCUUCCUCCCGCCCUCCCUCCCGCACGGCAGCCGCGCUCGCCCAGCGGACGGGGUGUAAGGCAGCGACGUCGGCAGGAGCAUGGCCCGUACCAAGCAGACGGCCCGCAAGUCCACCGGCGGCAAGGCGCCCCGCAAGCAGCUCGCCACCAAAGCCGCCCGCAAGAGCGCGCCCUCUACUGGCGGGGUGAAGAAGCCGCACCGCUACAGGCCGGGUACUGUGGCUCUCCGUGAAAUCAGGCGCUAUCAAAAGUCCACCGAACUUCUGAUCCGCAAGCUUCCCUUCCAGCGCCUGGUGCGUGAAAUUGCUCAGGACUUCAAAACAGAUCUGCGCUUCCAGAGCGCUGCCAUCGGUGCUUUGCAGGAGGCAAGUGAAGCCUACUUGGUUGGCCUGUUUGAAGAUACCAACCUGUGUGCUAUCCAUGCCAAACGUGUCACAAUCAUGCCAAAAGAUAUCCAGCUAGCACGCCGCAUACGUGGAGAGCGUGCCUAAACUUCACCGUGAUGGGUUUGUCAUUCUCGAAGCAAAAUCUUCUUCCUGUUAUUGGUAGUAAUGAACGUUAGAUAUUUUUUCCAUGGGGUUAAAAGGUACCUAAGUCUAUGGUUGCAAAUGGAAAAAUAGGGGACAGAAUUGGGUAUUGGCAAUUUUUUUUUCCAUUUUCAUUUCUGUGUGGAUUUUUAAGAUAAACGAAGGGACAUAAAACAUCAAAUGUGGUCAAAAAAAAAGUUUCAGUGAACAAGUUUCAACAAUUCAACUUUAUAAAAAAAAAAAGAUAAUAAACCUGUCAAAUUUUUCUGGACAAUGCCAGCAUUUGGAUUUUUUUAAAACAAGUAAAUUUCUUAUCAAUGGCAACUAAAUGGUGUUUGUAGCAUUUUUAUCAUACAGUAGAUUCCAUCCAUUCACUAUACUUUUCUAACUGAGUUGUCCUACAUGCAAGUACAUGUUUUUAAUGUUGUCUGUCUUCUGUGCUGUUCCUGUAAGUUUGCUAUUAAAAUACAUUAAAUGA